AUGUUCUCCUCCAAAUUCCUUAGCGGGGCCAACCCCCUCAAUGCUGUGUCCUCUGCUGUGAAUAAGUUUGGUUUAUUUGGAGAUGAUGGGGAGGGGGGUAAAAAUCAGAAUGCACCUCCCCAGCAGGGGCGGAAGUCAUCUGGAGAACAGCAGCCAGGAGCAGGCAAAGGCCCUCAACAGCAGCAGGGACCCCAAAAAUCUGGCCAGGGCCCUCCUUCACAGAAGAGCCAGCCUCUUCCUAAACAGGAAUCACCACAGCUGCAUGGAAAUGGACAGGCAGGACCGCAAAUCAAGCCUGGUGGGCAACAAGCUGCUCCAAAGGCAGGAACGCAGCCUGGCAGCCAGCUUAAAGGACAGCCACAAAAAACUCAACCUAAGGGCCCGCCACAGCAAGGUUCACCCAAGCCUGGAGCUCAACAACAGAUUCUGACUAAGAGUGGAGCACAACCAGAAUCUCCAAAGACAUCAUCACAACAACAGGCUCCACCUAAGACAGGUAUGCAACAACAAGGGCCCACUAAGACUGUUGCACAGCAACAAGAACCUGCAAAGACUGCGAUGCAAGGGUCCACAAAGGUUGGGUCACUAAAAACUGGCUCACAACAAGGGUCACCUAAAGUAGGACAGCAACAGCAGGGGUCACCAAAAAUUGGACAGCAACAACAUGGGUCACCGAAACCUUCACAGCAACAACAGGGUUCCCCUAAAGUUGCACAGCAACAACAGGGCUCACCUAAGGUGGGGCAACAGCAGCAAGGCCUCAGAACUGCACCCCAGCAGCAGUCCUCUGAUAAGCCUGGGCCUCAGCAGCAAGGCCCUAAGGGACCUAGUACACCUGACCUGUCCCGGGCAGGGUCUUCAUCACCAGGAGCAACCAAAGCUACAUCUCAGUCAAAAGCAGUAUCCAAGUCCCUUUGUCCAGUGUGUAACACAACAGAACUCAAUAUGCACACCAAGGAACCACCUAACCAUAAAACCUGUACACAGUGUAAAAUGGAAGUAUGCAGCUUGUGUGGCUUCAGCCCACCAGACUCUGAUGGACGUGAGUGGCUUUGUCUUACCUGCCAGAUACAGAGAGCUCAAGGAACUUCUGAAACACAAGGACCUCCCAUGAAAAAGCCAACACCUAACAAAGUCUUAGCUGCACCAACUCCUGCUGCACCUGUUAAAAAAGAGACAUCAGCACCAGGUUCACCUCAGAAAAUGCAGUCUGCAUCAGCAAAAGGGCCAGCAAAGGGUGAAGCUGUUAAAGGACCAGACAGUCAAAAACAGGCCAGCCCAGCGUCUGUUCAGAAAAUGACACAUGAGACCCAGAGAACAUCAGGGUCUCAGAAACCAGAUCAGACUAGUCAAACUGGACGCAAGCAAAGCAGUGCCACUCCAGCUACCCAGCAGGAGUCAAGAGGUUUGUUUGGCUUUGGUGGUUCUAAAACAGAAGCUGCAAAGCCUGAGGAGUCAGUGAGUGGGAAGAUGUUUGGUUUUAGUGCCUCCAUUUUCAGUUCUGCAUCUACUUUGAUAGCCUCAGCUGUUCAGGAUGAGCCUAAAACUACACCACCAGUUUCUCCCAAAAUGCAGCCUACUAAGCAGACCAAACCACCUACUGCCCAAAAGUCAGAGCAAGACAAGAAACAAGAGCAACCCCAGCAGGCAAAGGCUCAUCCAGCAGGACAGGCCAAAGUGGACAAAGCUCCAUCCGAGACACCAAAAACAGCAGUGACCUCCAGCAAUGCUACUAAAACAGGCCAAUCUGCUUGUCCACUCUGUAAGGUGGUGCUCAACGUGGGCUCAAAGGAUCCUCCCAACUACAACACCUGCACUGAAUGCAAAAGCACUGUGUGCAACCAAUGUGGAUUUAACCCCAUGCCAAAUGUUAAAGAGGCAAAGGAGUGGCUUUGUCUAAACUGCCAGGUGAAACGAGCUGCUGGAGGAAUAGAACCUCAGAAAGACACAUCUUUGGUCAAUUCAUCAUUAAAAAAGACUACUUCAGGACAGCCUGCACCACAAAAGACUUCUGCACCAGGCUCUCCUCAGAGGAAAGUAUCUACACCAGCAGCAGAGCCAGCCAAGGCUGAAGCUGCUAAAGGACCAGACACUCAGAUACAGGCCAGCCCAGCUCUUGGCCAGAAAACACCCCAGGGGAGCCAGAAGACAGGUCCUCAGAAACAACCAUACCAGACAAAUCUAACUGCACAAAAGCAAGGAAAUGCCACUGCAGGUACACAGCAAGAGUCAGGAGGCUUCUUUGGUUUUGGUGGUCCUAAAAGCCAGACCGAUGCUGCAAAGCCUGCAGAGUCAGUGACUGGGAAGAUGUUUGGUUUUGGUUCCUCCAUCCUUAGUUCUGCUUCCACUUUGAUUUCCUCAGCUGCUCAAGAUGAGCCCAAAAGCACACCACCAGUUUCUCCAAAAAUGCCUGCAGCAAAAGACUCCAAAUCCCCGGCAAAGAAACCAGAACAGGAGCAAAAACCAGAACAACCCCAGCAGGCCAAGGGUCCUCCAUCAGUACAGCCAAAAACAGACAAACCUCUGUCAGAGCCUCCAAAGAAAGCAUACACUCCCCCAGUUGUUUCCAAAGCUGGCCAGUCUACCUGCCCUCUCUGUAAAUUGGAACUCAAUGUGGGCUCUAAAGAUCCUCCCAACUACAACACCUGUACUGAGUGUAAUAACAUUGUCUGUAACCAAUGCGGAUUUAAUCCCAUGCCAAAUGUCAAGGAGGUGAAGGAGUGGUUAUGUCUCAACUGCCAGAUGCAAAGAGCGCUAGGAGCAUCUGAGCCACCAGGAACUCCCAUGAUAAAACUACAGGCCUCACCAAACAAAGUUCCUGUACCUGCUAAUACCCUAGAGAAGGAAGCGCCUCAAAAAUUUGAAAAGAAAGACAUUCCAACACCUGCUGAAUCUCAAAUUAAGGAGACCUCUGAACCUGGGUCCCCUCAGAGGAAAUCACCAAGAUCAGCAGAACAGCUAGGAAAUGCUGAGGUUGUGAAAGUACCAGAAAGUCAGAAACAGGUCAGUCCAGCUCCUGGUCAGAAAACUCCACUGGAGGGCCGGAAGACAGGUCCUCAGACAACACAAGACAUGACAAGUAAAACUGGACGUAAGCAGAGUAAUGCUACCUCAACUACACAAGAGGAGUCGGGAGGGUUCCUAUUUGGUGGUCCUAAACAUCAGCCUGAUGCAGCUAAGCCUGCUGAAUCAAUGAGUGGAAAAAUGUUUGGCUUCGGUUCCUCCAUCUUCAGCUCUGCAUCCACUUUAAUAAACUCAGCAGUUCAAGAUGAAUCCAAAACACCACCACCCUCUGCCAAGAUACCUGCUGCAAAUGUGACCAAAUCACCUCUUGCUCAGAAACAAGAGCAGGUGAAGAAAUUAGAGCAAGUCCAGCAGCCCAAGACUUCUCCAUUGGUCCAAUCAAAAGUAGAAAAAGGUGCAUCAGCAGCUCCAAAGGAUGCAGCUGCUUCCAUAGCAGCUUUGAAGGCAGGCCAAUCUACCUGUCCACUCUGUAAGGUGGAACUCAAUUUUGGCUCUAAGGAUCCUCCCAACUACAACAACUGCACUGAAUGCAAGAACACUGUCUGUAACCAGUGUGGAUUUAAUCCAAUGCCAAAUGUGGCAGAGGUAAAAGAAUGGUUAUGCCUGAACUGUCAGAUGCAGAGAGCUCUUAGUGCAUCUGAACCCCACGGACCUCCUUUGAAACCUCACAAUGAAGCUAAUAAAAUAUCUCCAUCUGCUGUGCAUCAGAAGACAACAGCUCAAAAACAAGAGGAAACUAUAAAGAAGGAAUUAUCGAAAUCCAAUGCACCUCUAAAGAUGGAGACUCCAAUGCCUGACACACUUCAUAAGAAGGGAAGUUCUGCACCAGGUUCUCCCCAGAAGACACAGCAUACAGCAGCAACACAGUCAACUAAGGUUGAUAAAGGACCAGAGAGUGACAAACAGGCUAGCCAAACCCCUGUUCAGGAACCUCCUCUGGAUGUCCAGAGGACAUCCGGUUCUCAAAAACCACCUGACCAGACAGGUACAGCUGGACUAAAACAGAGUAAGGUCACCCCAGAUACAAAACAGGAGUCAGCAAACUUAUUUGGCUCGAGUGGCACUAAAACAGGGCCUGCUGUUUCAAAAACAACAGAAUCCAUGACUGGGAAGAUGUUUGGCUUUGGUUCUUCCAUUUUCAGCUCAGCAUCUACUUUGAUAUCAUCUGCGGUUCAGGAGGAAUCGCGCAUUACACCACCAGGCUCUCGUAAGAUGUCUGCACCAGUGCAACUCUCUCCCAAGAUGUCUGCUGUGCCCAAGAUUUCUCCCAAAAGUACACCAACAGUUUCUCCCAAAACAUCUCCAGCAAGAGAGCCCAAAACUCUUGUUCAGAAGUCAGAGCAGGAGAAGAAACCUGUGCCAUCACACCAGAGCAAAGAGGACAAAGCUCCAUCACAGCCUCCAAAGGCAGCCACAGUCUCCCAAACUCCUCCUAAUGCAGGCCAGGCAAACUGUCCACUGUGUAACAUUAAGCUUAACAUUGGCUCCAAGGACCCUUUGAACUACAACACUUGCACUGAGUGCAAGACCACUGUCUGUACCCAGUGUGGAUUUAACUCCAUGCCUAUAGGAGAGGUGAAUGAGUGGCUAUGUCUUAACUGUCAAAUGAAAAGAGCAGUUGGAGCAUCUGAGCCCCCAGGCUCUCCAACAAUUAAGUCUCAAACAUCAUCCAGUAAAGUUCCUACACCUGCUGCAGUCCAGUUGAAGGAUACUUCCAAACCCACUACACCUCAAAAGGACAGUCCAGGCCCUGUUGUGCAAAAGAAGGAGACCUCAGAACCUGUCUCCCCACAGAGAAGACAGUCUACAUCAUCAGUGCAUUCAGGGAAACCUGAAACUGCCUCUACAACAUUGAAACCGGCCAGCCCAGCUCCUGAUAAUAAAACACCACAGGAAAGUCAGAACACAGAUCCCAAGAAAACACUAGCUCAGUUUAGCCAACCUGGACAUAAGCAGAGUAAUGCCACUGCAGCUACACAGCAAGGGUCAGGAGGUUUAUUUGGCUUUGGUGGAGCUAAAUCUCAACCUGAUGCUGCGAAAUCUGCAGAGUCAGUUACUGGGAAGAUGUUUGGCUUUGGUUCUUCCAUCUUCAGUUCUGCAUCUACUUUGAUACCCUCAGCUGUUCAGGACCAACUCAAGACUACUCCACCAGUUUCUCCCAAGAUGUCUCCUGCAAAAGAGAUCAAGUCCCCUUCUACUGAGAAGCUGGAGCAGCAGAAGAAGACAGAGCCAUGCCAGCAGACCAAGCCACCUCCAUCAGGACAGAUCAAAGGGGGUAAAGUCCCAUCAGUGCCUCCACAGGCUGCAGCAGCUUCCCAAUUAGCUGUCAAACCAGGCCAGUCUACCUGUCCACUCUGCAAGGUUGAACUCAACAUGGGUUCCAAGGAUCUACCCAACUAUAAUACCUGCACCGAAUGCAAGAACACUGUAUGUAACCAGUGUGGAUUUAACCCCAUGCCAAAUGAAGCAAUGGCGAAGGAGUGGUUGUGUCUCACCUGCCAGAUGCAGCGGGCUCUAGGAGCAACACAGCCUCCAGUAGUCGCUUCUGUCAACUCUCAGAUACCUGCCAAACCCCAAAAGACAGACAUCACCAGCCCAGCUGAACCUGAAAAGAAGGAGUCAUCCACACCGCACUCACCUCAGAGAACACAGUUGGCUGUAACAGCACAGCCUGUUACAGCUGUGGCUGCUAAUAAGCCAGAAGGUCAGAAACAGGCCAGUCCGGUUCCUACUAAGAAAAUUCCACAGGAGCCCCAGAAAAUAUCAGGCCCUAACAAAUCACCAGUCCAGACAAGGCAAACUGAACGUAAGGAGAGUAAUGCCACUUCAGCAACACAGCAAGAGUCAGGAGGCUUCUUUGGUUUUGGUGGUGGUAAAACUCAACCUGAUGCUGCAAAGCCGGCAGAGUCUGUGACUGGGAAAAUGUUUGGCUUUGGUUCUUCCAUUUUCAGUUCUGCAUCCACUUUGAUUACCUCAGUUGCUCCGGACCAGCCAAAGACAACUCCACCAGUUUCCCCCAAGAUGUCCCCAGCGAAAGAGAUCAAAUCCCCUGCUGCCCAAAAGAAAGAACAACAGAAGAAGCCGGAACAGCCCUUGCAGACCAAGACACCUCCAUCAGGACAGGCCAAAGUGGACACAGCUCCAUCAGAAACUCCAAAGCCUGCAGCAGCCUCCCAAGCAGCUGUCAAACCAUCCCAGUCCACCUGUCCACUCUGUAAGGUUGAACUUAACAUGGGGUCCAAGGAUCUUCCAAACUACAGUACCUGCACUGAAUGCAAGAACACUGUCUGUAACCAGUGUGGAUUUAACCCCAUGCCAAAUGUGUCAGCAAUGAAGGAGUGGUUGUGUCUGACAUGUCAGAUGCAAAGAGCUCUCACAGCAACAGAAUCAGUAGAGCCUCCAUGGAUGAAACCCCAGGCAUCACCCAACAAAGUGUCUACAUCUGCAGCUGCCCAAAAAGACGCCACUGCCAAUCAAAAGAAAGAUAUCAUUUCCACACAAAAAGCAGACAUGCCAGACAAAAAUCAGAAGGACAGUCCAACACCAAUUGCACCACAAAGGAAAGACGAAACCAAACCUUCUUCUCAAAUGGAUAUAACCCAAACAUCAACCCCUGCCUCUCCACUUGCAAAAGAGACCCCAGGUACUGUUUCUGCCCCAACAAAAGACGAGAAAGCUGGUUCACCACCUACCCACGAGGUUCCAACCUCCACUGCUCUUCCCACCAAAGAGUUGGCAGCUGAAAAUUCAGACCUCAAUAAACCAAUGGAAGCUCAAACUUCUCCUGUCAGCAAAGAUAGUGAAACUUCCCCCAAGAAGAAAAAAGAUCUUACUCCACCAACCUCCCCUGCAACUAAACAUGUAUCAGAAACGAAAGAGGAGAAAGUUGAAACAGUUCAGAAGUCUGCUGAUCAACUAGUCAAGUCAUCUGAUGAGGUACAGUCCCAACAAGCCCUAAACAAAGAAACAAAUCCUGUUGAAACACCACUUGUCAAAUCUGUUCCCACAGCAGCACAGCCAACAAAUCAAGAAUCAGGAAGUUUCUUCAGCUUUGGUAGUCCUAAAUCUCAGCGUGCUGCCUCAAAAACGACUGACGCAGUGACUGGGAAGAUGUUGGGAUUUGGUUCAUCCCUCUUUAGCUCAGCAUCCACUUUGAUAACAUCUGCAGUUAAGGAGGAGUCCCGCACAACACCACCAAGUUCCCGCAAAAUGUCUGCCCCAGCACAAGUCUCUGACAAGAUGUCAGCAUUGCAGAUUUCUCCAAAGUCCAGUCCUCCAGCUUCUCCAAGGCUAACUUCAGCAAAGGAGGCUAAACCACCUGCUGCUCAGAAACCAAUUCUGGAAAAGAUACCAGACCAAGCUCAGCAGGCCAAGGCUUCUCCUUCAGGACAGGACAAAGUGGACAAAGGUCCACUAGAGCCUGCAAAACCAGAGGCCUCCCAAGCUCCUCCAAAAGUGACCCCCAAAAUGGCCCAGUCUACUUGUCCACUCUGUAAGGCAGAACUCAACAUGGGCUCCGAAGAUCUUCCCAAUUACAACACCUGUACUGAAUGUAAAACUGCAGUCUGCAACAAAUGUGGAUUUAGUCCCAUGCCAAAUGUAGCAGAGGUGAAAGAAUGGCUUUGUCUCAACUGCCAGAUGCAGAGAGCACUUGGGGCUUCUGAACCUCUAGGCCUUCCCAUGAUAAAACCUCAACCUUCACCAAGCAAAGAGGUCCCUGCCCCCACACAGGGGAAAGACACACCAAUAUCAACUUCUCAGGAAGACAUCCCGAAAGUAGCCUCAUCCAAAAAUGAGCUUGUUAAGGUUGCCACAACCAAAGAAACUGAAUCCCCAGCCCUUAGUGAACCAACAAAGAAAGUUACCCCUGCGGCUGACUCAUUGCCUGACAAAAGUGUUACAUCCAUUAUCCCAAAGACUGAUGUUCCACCGGCUUCUCAAAAGCCUUCUGGAGGGACACCCAAAGGACAACCUGGAACACCCCAGCAACAGCCUCCAAAUGCUGUGACUUCUACUGUUAAGUCUGCUCCUCCACCAGGUACAGACACAGGAAAGCCACCCCCUCAACAGUUUCCAAAAGCUGGGACCUCUCCAGCAAAGUCUGUACCACAACUGGCUAAGCCUGCAAAACAGGAGUCAGGAGGCUUCUUUGGUUUUGGUGGUCCUAAAACACAGCCUACUGCAGCAAAAACUGCUGAGUCAGUGACUGGAAAGAUGUUUGGCUUUGGGUCAUCUUUCUUAAGCUCUGCAUCCACUCUGAUAACAUCAGCUGUUCAGGAUGAACCUAAAACUACACCACCGACUCCACGUAAGAUGUCCACUACAGUCCAUGUCUCUCCUAAAACUACACCACCAGCCUCUCCUAAAAAAUUACCUGCAAAGGACACCAAACCACCUGCUGUCCAGAAAACUGAGGAGAGGAAACCAGAGAAACCACAACAGGAAAAGACUCCUUCAACAGUGCAAACCAAAGUGGACAAAGCUCCACCAGAGCCCCACAAGGCACCAGCAGACACCCAAAGGGUUCCAAAAUCAGAUCAGUCCAUCUGUCCUCUCUGUAAGGUGGAACUCAACAUGGACUCCAAAGAUCCUCCCAACUACAACACUUGCACAGAAUGCAAGACUAUUGUCUGCAACCAAUGUGGAUUUAAUCCAAUGCCCACUGAGGCAGAGGUAAAGGAAUGGCUUUGUCUGAACUGCCAGAUGCAGAGAGCCCUAGCAGCAUCUGAUCCCACUGGACCUACUGUAGUGAAACCACAGCCCUCCCCAAGCAAGGUUAUCGCACCUCUCGGCUCUGAACAGGAGGAUAUGCCAAUAUUAGGCCAGAAGGAGAAGUCUACAGAAUCUACAGCAGUCAAAAAAGAUGUCACUCAAGCAACUCAAUUCAAAAAAGAAACCCCCAAAUCUGAGGCCCCAGUGCCAACUUCAGUCCAAAAGACGGACUCACCACGACGUGAUUCUAUGCAAAAGACACAGGUCCUUUCAGGUACUGAACAAGGACAAGCCCAGGAUGUGGCUGCCCAGCAGCAGCCUGUUGGGAAACCCCCACAAGUACAGAUUUCUAAAACUACAAAACCAGAAGUCAAGGAAGGUCUUGCAAAACAAGAAGCUGGAAAACCACCACAACAGCCCUCAAAAUCUACGACUGCCCCAGCCAAAUCUGCACCGCCACCAGCUCAGCCUACUAAACAGGAGUCUGGAGGCUUCUUUGGCUUUGGUGGUCCUAAAACACAACCUGCUGCAGCAAAGUCUGCUGAGUCAGUGACUGGGAAGAUGUUUGGUUUUGGUUCCUCUAUCUUCAGCUCUGCAUCUACAUUAAUAACCUCAGCUGUUCAGGAUGAACCUAAAACUACACCUCCAGUUUCGCCUAAGAUGUCCCCUGCAAAGGAGACCAAGCCAUCUGCUGCACAGAAAUCACAGCCACCUCAACAGGUCAAGCCUGCUCCAUCAGCACAGGCCAAAGUAGAGAAAGCUACACCAGAGCCUACAAAAGCCACAGAAGUGACCCAGGUUGCUCCUAAAGCAGGUCUGUCAACUUCAGCAAAGGAGGCUAAACCACCUGCUGCUCAGAAACCAAUUCUGGAAAAGAUAUCAGACCAACCUCAGCAGGCCAAGGCUCUUCCAUCAGGACAGGACAAAGUGGACAAAGGUCCAUCAGAACCUGUAAAACCAGAGGCCUCCCAAGCUGCUCCCAAAGUGACCCCCAAAAUGGCCCAGUCUACUUGCCCACUCUGUAAGGUUGAACUCAACAUGGCCUCCAAGGAAGCUCCCAAUUACAAUACCUGCACUGAAUGCAAGAACACUGUCUGCAAUCUUUGUGGAUUUAACCCCAUGCCUCAUACAGCAGUGAAGGAAUGGCUGUGUCUGAACUGCCAGACUCAAAGGGCUUUGUUGGGGCAGCUGGGAGACUCAGGAAAAAUGCCACAGCCUUCCCCUGUAUCAGCCAAACCAGACACCCAAGCCACACCUGCAGCCAAAAAGGCAGAGCCCAAAGCUGCCCCUACAAAGACAGAGCCCACACCUGUGGCCACAAAAUCACAGCCCACCGAUGCCCCCACCAAGGAAGUAACAACAGUUCAAACCCCAAUAGCAAAUACAGAGCCUACAUCUGUCAAGAUGGAAACCACGGCUACAGCAGCUUCCACACAAAACAAGCUCGAGACAACACUCACACCCACAGCACCAAAAGUUCUACCUGUCACAGCAGAAAACCAGCCUUUAGCAGCAUCUACAGCAGAACCCAUUAUACCCACUAUGGCUCCUGUGCAACAGACAGUAGCAACACCAAAAGUUGAAGUGCCAAACAUAGAUAUUCCCAAGACUGGAAAAGUGGAAAGUAAAGAAGAGGCAGUGAAAGUGGAGCUCAGUGUGACAGAAUUUUCCCAAGCUGAAGAGUCUAAACCUGACCCUCCAAAAGUCAAAGUUGAAGCAGGUGUAGCUGCAGCUUCCUCUGUCCCUGUGACGGAGGCUACAGUUGCACUCACCUCCCCUAUUGCUGCAGACAUUGCUAUGGCUGGAGUUGUUCCAGGGACUGACACAAAGCCAGAAUUGUCUGCUCCAGAGAAGAUUAUCAAGGAAAUGCAACCUGCAGAUCAAAUCAAACUGACAGAGCCAACAAAAUCUUUACAGCAAGUUGAGCUGGAACCACAGUCACAAGAACCACAGCUGGUAUUGGAAAAAGAACCACUCACAGCAGAUGACAGCAAGCAAGUGGCUGACAAGUUGGUUGAAAAAGUAAAUGAUGUCACCUCAAUUCCAGAGCCACAACCAAUAUCAACAACAAAUAUCACCAUACAAGACCAAGAUGAAACCAAACAAGAACCAAUGAAAGAAGGAAAGGACUCCAUUCCUACUGGGCAGGUUAAAUUGGCAAACACUGUUGUCCCUGUGACAGCUACUCAGGCCAAAUCUAAAGCAGAGAAGAAUGAUGAAGAUCAACCCCAGAUUUUACCCAUAUCACAAGAAUUGAAGGAUGGGCAGGUGGUUAGGGAUGUACCUGAAAAAGAUAUAAAAACAGAUACAUCCAUGCCAGUAAAGGAGGAGGUUAAAACUGAGAGAAGGCGCCUAAGUUUCCAAGCAAUGGAAGAGAGCAGUGAAAGCGAGCUCACACCCUCACCUAAAGUUCAGAGGAGAAGGCUGGAGGUAAGCAAUAUUUCAUCCAGCAGUGAGGACAUCAAAACUGAAAGUGCUGACUCCUCUAUAGAAGAUGAAGACUUCAUUCGCAAGCAGAUAAUGGGUAUGGGUGAUGAAGAAGAAAUGUCUCUUUCAGAAGAUGAGAAAGAGAAGAAAUUGGCAAAUGAGGAGGCUGAGCUUGAUACUGCUUCAGUGGAACCCAAAUCACUGUCUAGAAAAGGUAGUACAGAUAAUGAAGACAGCCCAGCCAGGAGAAAAGCCCUCCUGAAAACUGAUGCUGCAACUACUCAGGAAGCUCCUGAAACAGUGCCCAGCACCACUUUCAAGAAAGCUAUUCCAGUCAUGAGACAGAGACAAAGCACUGAUGAAGAAGUAGAGAGCAUCACAGAAUCCCUGUCAAAGGGAUCAUCUAGUGUUCAGGCAUCUAGCUUUACUCCAGGAUCUUCACCUACAUCUGCCUCAUCUCUAGAGGAGGACAGUGAUAGCAGUCCCAGCCACAGGAAAGUCAGUGGGGACAAACAGUAUCGCAAAGGUAAGCACAGGCAGCCAACCCAGCCUCUCCCCACCAUCGAAGACUCCUCUGAGGAAGAGAAGAUGAGAGAGGAAGAGAAGUCUAGGAAAGACAAAGACGAACUAAUGCCCCAUGGCCAACGUCUGUCUCCAACUGAGGAUGCAUCCUCCAUAGAGGAUCUGAGACAGGUCACCACAAUGGAUGAAACCAGUAGAACAUCUGGCUCUGAGUACUCUGGCAGUAUAGAAUCGGAACCGGAGGCUAGGCGAGCUGUACAGAGAGGACGUAAGCCUUCACCAACAGUGAUACCAUACACUCCUUCUGACCCAUUUAAAGAGAAGCAUAUGGUGUCAAAAUCUUUAAAGAGUGCUGAAGAGGCAUAUGAGGAAAUUAUUCAGAAAACAAAAGCUAUUCCAGGGGAGAGUCCUCCUGAUAUUGAGCCACUCUAUGGGGGAAUGGCAAUAGAGGACUAUCUUUACGAAUCCUUAGUUGAGGAGCCUGAAGUUAGGAUAAUUGAAUCUCAAGAGGAAGAACCCAAAUGGGAUACUGGCUCUGAACCGCUCAAGAAACUCAGGUCUCCAGAGGAGGUUUAUGAAGAGAUGAUGCAGAAAAAGAGAGAAUUGAUGAUGAUAGAGCAGGAGUUUCAACAGGCCCAGACUGCCAUGGAAUCUUCCUUGUCUGAGCCUCCCUCAGUUGCUGAGACCUGUGUGGUGACCAUACCUACAGAAGAGACAUCCCUUACUGGACAAACAAUGUCUCUUACAGGCAAUGACACUACCAGUGAACUUACAGUCAAGAAAAAGAAACGCCCAGCUCCACCACGGCCCUCUGAACCUCCUAAGCGCCCUGAGGUGACUGUUGUUCCCAGCACUCCUAGUGGAUCUAUAAGUUUUGUUAGGCCCAUGGUUCCUCAAGAUCCUGCCCUCAGAAAGGCACUAUUCCCCAUACCAGACCUCAAGAUUACCCAAUGUUCAUCUGGGGAGGAAGAGGAUGACAGUCUUGCAGACGAGUAUGGUGUUGGUGUUUCCUCUGAUAUUACCCCCAGUGAUGAUUCUGAGACUAAAGAAGAUCUGUCCAUAAGCCCACCUUUGUCUGAAACCACUGAAAUGGACCCCAUCUGUGUGGUCUGUGAAAUUCCGGAACCAAAACCGAUUCCAACUCCAAUAUCAGCCCCAGAACUAACCACUACACCUUCGCCUGUAUCACCAGUCUCCUCUCCAACUUCACCAGCCACUCCAGAUUCCAGUCUGGCAUCUAAUGCUACAUCAUCAUCCUCAUUCUUGGCUCAAACACCUCUUUCAUCAGAUUCAACUCCACUGUCUACACCAACACCUCCAACUUCAUUUGUAACCCAGUCCCCUCCAGACAUCUCGCCACCAUCAAUUGCAACAGUAUCUCCUAGUGAGGGCCCAGCAUCUUAUCCUACUCCAACCACAGUCAUAGUUACAAUACCAGAUGUGGUGUCUGAUCCAUCCAAAGCUCAAACAACUGAUUUAGUUCAAGUUAAGGCUUCUACAGCUGAAGCUCCAACUCCAGCCCUAGUGGAGACUUCUGAACCUGUUGUUGUUCAAAUGCCAGACUUGGUUUCAUCUCCAUCUCAGGUGCCUAUUGAGGCUCCAGCUGUAAUACAGGUCUCAGCACCAAGUGAAGCACCUGUUGUUGUUUCAGCUCAACCUACUGCCCUAGGUAUAGCUACAACUAUUGUAACACAUCCACUUCCAGUCUCCACUCCAGCUUCAGCCCAUGUUGUUUCUGCUUCUGUCACUCUGGCCUCAUCCCCUGGGCCAGUCAUAGUCCAGAUGCCUGACCUGGUUUCAACUACAUCUCCAAUCUCUGCACAAACCCCACUACCAGUCUCAUCUCUAAUAACUACCCCCGCUCAAGCCCAACCCAAAGUGGUACACUCAGUCCCUGUUCAGCCAGCUGUCCCAUCAGUGAUUCCAGUAGUAGUCCCAGCUCUGGCUCAAACAGCCCAGGUGCCUCCACAAGCCCCAGCAUCAACGACUAUAGUCAAAAAGAAAGUCCCACCACCUCCUCCCCCUCGGUCUACUUCAGUUUCAUUACCUGAGCCUACCACAGAGAUGCCACUUGUAAGGACUGUUCAGCCUGUUUCUCCUACUAUGACAACUACCAUAGUUAUGGGAACCAUAGAAGCUGACCAGCCAAUGCAGUCUGUGGUUGUGGAUAUACAGCCUAGAAUGGAGGACUUACAGCCAGACAGUGUGGCUGUACCUCAAGUAGUGACCCCAACCAGACAAGGGCAUGUAGUCAUCAUAGUGCCUAGUGUGGAAAACAUAUCUUUGCUCAGCCAAACUCCACAAGAUAUAUCUAGCACAGGGCCAGUAGCUUCCACUGCUUCUCUGCCACCAAGUAGUCAAAUAGCCACACACCCUGUGGUUACCAGUGCAUCCCCCUUUACCACAGCCACUUCAGAUAUACCCAGCACAGAUACAGCUUCACUAUUUGCUCAGGUGUCAGCAGUGCCAGUAGCUUCAGUUCCACCAGUUCUGCCAAAACCCAUGGCAGAGACAAAAGUUGUAGACACAGUAGAAAUACCUGUAGUAGAUACACCUCCACCAUAUCCUACUGCUUUACCCAAGCCCACUAUUCAGUCAAAGCCACCUGUUCCCACUGCAGUGACGAUUGCUACAGCCACAAUAGCACAGGUUUCAGUUACAACAACUGGCCCCAGUCAAACUGUAAAACCUCCUCCACCCAUACCACCUAAACCUAUAUUAAUUCCAGCUGGACUAGUUUUCAGUCACAAACCAGGAGAGAGUGUCAAGCCACCUCCUCCUACCAUGGCCACCAAAGCUGCGACACUGCCCAGGACCAAAGAACCUCCAAAUGCUCUGUCACUUAGCCUGACCCGGCCUGUGGAGUCUAAGUUGGGUACAACAUCACCUAAGUCACCUUUGUCUCCUAGACAUGCCAAAUGUUUGCAAACCUAUGUGGUAAUAACUCUUCCAUCUGAGCUGGGCUCACCAACAGAAGGUAUAACAGUCCAGGCACCUGUAAGAAGAGGCUCGAUCCCAACUACAAAAGUGUCAGGGGUACGGACCACACCUUCAGAGCAGAGAACACCCACUGAGGUAUUCUCAGCACAGGCUACAGUUAGGAGAGCAUCUGUCCCCAGUGUAAGGCAUCCACCUCCAAUACCCAUAGCUCCAACUGUUGCUGUAGAGCAAGUGAUAGCCUCUGAGGUAGUGGCUGCUAAAGUGCAAGCCAGAAGAGAUUCUGUGCCCUUCUUAGUGCAACCACCACCAUCUGUGGCUGAUGACAUGACAAUUUCAUCAGGUCAGCACACACCCAUUCAGGCACAUAGUGUUCCUCAUCCAAUUAAGAAACCAUACAUCCCCGUAAUGGCGCAACAACAACCAAUUAUUCAACCACUGUCAUUGUCAGAGGUCAUCACCAUGCCUCCAGAGCCAAAGGUUCUUAUUCAACCACUAACAGUGGAAGCCACAGCAAGAGCACCAUCUGUACCAUCUGUUACUCAGCAUCCACAAUUUGCUAUAGAGGUUAUAACAGUUCCACAAGAGAUUUCUGUUGAAGCACUUGUUCCUCAGACUCCAAUACCAACUGUACCUGUACAGCCACACCCUCCGAUAGAAGCUGUUGUUGUACCACUGCAGCCAGGGGUACCCUCAGAUGCACUGGUUCCUCAAGAUAGACCAGCUGCAGUCUCCUCAACUGUCCAUUGUCAACAAGUUGCAACUCAAAUAGAAAUACUACAAGAAGAACAGCAUAUGCGAACUGACGACAUUGUCCCCGAGGCAGUUAUGAUGAGAUCCCCAAUACCAGGAGUGGGUCAGCAAAUUCCUGUUCAGCAGGAACAUAUGGUGGUUGAAGCAGUGUCUCAUUCUACACAGCAAGAAUUGCCCACAGGUUUCAAUAAUACUGACAACAUUGCUGAACCACCAUCAGUCCCACAAACUCUUCAGCCCUUAGAAGUUCUGUCUGUAGCGACCGAGCAAUUAUCUACACAGCAACCACUUCCUGCAGCUGAAGUGGUGACUUUCCCUACGAAGUGUGAAUUACCAACAGAAGAUUUUUCUACUGACACUGUUGUUAGAGUACUAGGAGUACCAACAGCAUCUCCAGUAACUCAUCCUCUACCUGUAGUAGCUGUUGUCCAAACACCUGAAGUAGCUAUGUUGACGCCACUACCUACAGAUGCUAAGAUAACUACUACAAUGGCUGAAGUAACACCAUCACCUGUUGUAAUGGGUGUCCAACAAAUGGCAGCACAGCCAGAAGUGCCUGCUGUUACUUAUAUGCCACAGGUCUAUGGAGCAAUUACAUCCUCAGCCAUGCCACAUUCAACUCCUCCACUGGAGGUCAUAGCGUUAGAGCCUGAACAUGAGACACCUUCAGAGGUUAUAAUGAAGGAUGUUGUUGUAAGAAGAGCUUCAAUACCACCAUCAGUGAUGCAACCUCAGGCAGUGGUGGGGAUGCCAGUUGGAGUUAUUACAACUGAGGAAACCACCAGUAGGAGGAGGACAUCGAUAUCAUCCAUAGUAGAGCCACCUUACACCACAAAUGAGAUAUUUACCUAUCCUACAGAAUAUGAAACUCCCACACAGGUGGUCACAACCGAGGCCUUUGCUGCCACCAGGAGAGAAUCCAUAACCAUGCCAAAACCAUCACCAUUGGCACAGGUUGUAAUCAUACCAGCCGAAAAAGAUGUUCCUAUUGAUGGCUAUGCUGUUCAGGUCCCAUACAGGAGAGGGUCUGUUCCUUCAGCAGAACAACAACCACAUGUAUUAACUUAUUCAUCAGAAUAUGAUCACCCUCUGGAGAUAAUAACUACUGAGGCAUACACCAGGCGAACUUCAAUACCCACUGCACAAGACAUCACACAGGGUGUAUCUGUAGCUCCAAUCACCAUCACUAAAUUUCAGCAAGAGUCUAUUGAGAGCCAAGAGAUUAGAGGACCAGAAAAGGUGGUCUCCAGUAUGAGUCACAUGUACUCUUCUUCAAUUUCCACCUCAGGCCAGCCUCCAGAAAGUCUGCCUAGCCUGGUCACUCAGGUGGUCACCACUGAGGUCCAGAGGACCACUGUGUCUGUUGUCCAUGAAAGAUUUCCACAGGUCCCUCCACCCAGUGUAGCAAUCACUAUACAACCAGAUGUAGCUAAAGUCCAACCUCUGCAUAAACAGAAUGGGAAGAUAAUCUAUCCCGGCGAUGUAAUUGAUUUACGUACAAUGAAGGUUGACGUAAAGAUGACUGAACAAGGCAUGGACCUUACACCACCUGAGUCAUGUAGACAGUCUUUUUCAAGUGACACUAGUGGGCGUCAAAUCACAGCAGUGCAGCCUGAGAUAAUAAAUCUUAGUGCAGAGGUCACCCCUGCAACCACACUCUCUGUAGUCACUGACAGCAUCACAAUAGUCACAUGCACAGCCACCAUUGCCUCAUAUAGCAACACUCCAGCAGAGAAACCUCUCGAUUUGCAGGGCCCUGUUCCAUCAUUGCCUCUGCCUCUUACCACAUACAAACCAUUCGAACCACUAGCCCAGAUUGUAUAUAGACCUGUGAACGCCCAGCCUGUAGUCAGUGCUGUAGCAUCCACAGCUCAAGACAUACCCAUUAAUCUUUCCUUUGGAGCUCUCGUUUCCUCAGAAGGCACACAGCCAACGACUUUGGCCAGUACAGCUAUUGGCAGUGGAGGCUCUGUCCUUUCUCUAGAGGCCACAGGGGCUAUGGAUUUGUCGAACUACAGACCAGUGAGAGCUAUGGUAGCUUUGUCUGGUACAAGCCCAGGAGUAGUGACCACUGUGGUAGAGGAUGAUGGGACUCCGGUUGACCUUACAGCUGGUAGGAGGAGUGUGUGCUGUGAUGUCAUCUACAAGCUGCCAUUCACAGGAAGCUGCAGAACACAGCCUCCAGUCACAACCCAGCCUGACAACCGUUUUGGCUAUAGAGAUGACCACUACCAAUAUGAUAAUGCUGGACUGUAUGGUAUCAAAGGCAUGAAUGGUAUAAAAGCAUCGAUGUCUGAGACCAACCUGACAGAGGCAGGACUGUUCUCCUAUGAUCCCAAGAAUGACUAUGACUAUCUCAGUGGAUCUUCAGAUGGAGCUAUAGACCUCACUGCUACUAAACUUUCUGCUGGUAAAGCUCUAGACUACACUAGCAAAGCUACUGGAGCCUACCCUGGGAUGACUACUGCUCCAUAUUCCCAGGUCCCUGCAGCUGGAUUUGGUGUAAAUAGUGUUCUAAGAACCUCAGAUGGAAUAGUUUACUCCUCUGUUGCUGCCCCAGUUCCAUCCACAUAUGCAAUUACCACUCAACCAGGCUCCAUCUUUAGCACUACCUUAACACCUACAUCCACAAUCCAGAACCAGUCAUUGCCCCAUCCCUAUGGCUUCAUUCCCUCUACAGACCCAGGACAGAUCAUUCCUUAUGACACAGGACUACCUAAGGAACUUCUACCCACAGCUUUGGCUGACAUCAUAACAGGGUAUCCGGAAAUGUACUCAGACAGCACCCUGGAGGCAAUAGCUGCCUCUCUGGAUGCCUUAGCCUCCUCCCCAAUAUUUCCUGGCUUAGACAACACUAAGAUGGCCCAGUAUCAGAUGGAAAGAGAGUUUCUAGAACUAGAAAAACUUAAACAGCUAUGUCUUGCUGAGGAGCUGGAGUGGGAGAGGCAGGAGAUUCAACGUUACCGUGAACAGGAGCAGCUAAUGGUCCAAAGGGAGCUGGAGGAGCUCCAGGCUCUGAAACAACAGCUUCUCUUGCAGCAAGAGGAAGAGCACCAUGCCCACAUGGUGGCCCAGCAGGAGACCUAUGCCCAGCAGAAAGAGCAGUUGCAGCAAAUCCAACAACUCCAACUGCAACUCCAGCGCCAGCUAGAUGAGCAUUAUAGUAGCACUGGUACCACAGGAAACCUACUAGAUGCCAAAUAUGCAGGGGUGGGGGACAGUGGCCAGUACUGGCCUGUCAAAGAUGAAUCUACAACUCCAUCUGUUGGGACACAGUUAGAGGAAAGUCAGGACCAGCUUAACCUAGUAAAGAAGCUUCAAGCUGAUCAGGACACUGGAAAAAAGAUAAUUGAUAGUGGAGUGCAGACUGAUGACGAAGAUUCAGCAGAGAAGCAGCAUGUAGGAAGAAGAAAGAAGAAUAAGAGAAAUGUUGACAGCUCAGCUCAGACAGAUGAUGAGGACCAAGAUGAAUGGGAUGCUCCCACAAAAGCUCGACGGCGAUCUCGAAAACAUAGCAGUGAUGGAAAACAUGGUUCCAAGGUCUCUAGCAUUGCUAUCCAGACAGUGGCCGAGAUAUCUGUUCAGACUGACCACUCUGGAACUAUCAAACGACCCAAUGUCCAGAUGGACACUAAGGUGGAAAUCAUCAAGCAUAUCUCAGCUCCCGAGAACUCUCAGAGAGGUGGUAGUCUGAGCUGUCAGACAGACUCAGACAGAAGGCACACACCCAUUGAGGUGGGCUAUAGCACACAUCUGACAACAGAUGUCCCCUCUAAGUCCAAAGUAUUCUAUACCCAAGUCUCCCCCCUGUCUCCAGAGAAGUCACUUGGAGGGCAGAGAAUGCUGACUGCUGACCCAACCAGAUUUUCCUCUGGCCCUCGGAUAUUAAAGGCUGGUCAGAAGUCUCUAUCUGAUCCUAAAUCGCUUAGUCCUACCACAGAAGACAGGAUGGGUGGAUACUAUGCAGACAGCUAUUCUGGCCGAGGCUCUCCCUCUGGUACAGGUAAGAAGGUCAAGCGUACACUACCAGACCCCCCUCCUGAGGAUGACUCUCUGACAGGACGGUCAGGGUACAGCACCAACUCUGCUCGUCGCCGUCUUGCCCGCAGUACAACAAUGGCCCGGGCAAAGAUCCUGCAGGACAUUGACAAGGAGCUUGAUAUGGUGGAGAGAGAAUCUUCUAAACUUCGCAAGAAACAGGCUGAGCUAGAUGAAGAGGAAAAGGAGAUUGAUGCCAAGUUACGGUACCUGGAGAUGGGUAUCAACCGGCGUAAGGAGGCCUUACUGAAGGAGCGAGAGAAGAGAGAGAGGGCCUAUCUCCAGGGGGUAGCAGAGGAAAGAGAUUACAUGUCAGACAGUGAGGUUAGCAACAUCAGGGAGGCCAGGGGUGAUGGACUGGAGAGACCACGGACAGCUCCCCAGUCUGAGUUUGACCAAUUCAUCCCCCCACAGACAGAAGCUGACUCCCAGUACAACACACUAACUAGUCCCUACUCUCACUAUGCCCAGUAUGUUCCCCAGACUCAAACUACCAGCCACUACACCCAACAGAACCUAUAUCAGCAGCAGUCCCUUUACCACCAACAAGUGUCUCCUUACCAAAAUGUUCCAACCCUGUCCCUCUCACAUGCCCAGGCUCAGCCUAGCAGCUUCCAACAUGCUCUGCUGUUGCAACAGGGAAAGCAGCGACAAACCACCCUGUCUGAUUUAGAGCCUAAGAUCACUACCAACUAUGAAGUCAUACGCAACCAGCCUCUACUCAUUGUGCCAACCUCCACAGAAAGCGGCUAUGGGGUGGCACAUCUGGGGGGCAAGUAUGGCAGCUUGGACUUGAGGCUAGGGCUAGAGGAGAGGAGCAUGGCCUCCAGUCCCAUGUCUAGCAUUUCUGCUGAUUCCUUCUAUGCUGAUAUUGACCACCACAAUGCCAGGAACUACGUGCUGAUUGAGGACAUUGGGGAGCUCACCAAGGCCUCAACAGGGCUGGGCAACACAGGCUUGGGUUCUGGAUUUAACCUGCCUGAUAAGGAGUUGUCCAAAGCAGACAGACUACUCAGGGCAGCAGAAGUCAGGCGCACAGCAGAGGUUGCAGAUUUUUUAGGCUCAUCUCGGCUUCAGGGUUAUGGUAAAGGAGAAGAUGACACUAUGGAGGAGCCCUAUGAGUUGAAGCUACUGAAGCAGCAGAUAAAGCAGGAGUUCAGGCGAGGAACUGAGGGACUAGAACACUUAACAGGCUUGGGCCUGCCUCAGUAUCUCCCUAGUGAUAGCAGUUUUCGCCACUUCCCUAAAGGUGAGAAAUAUAGCAUCGGCAGGCUCACCCUUGAAAAACAGGCUGCAAAACAACUCCCAGCAGCUGUGCUUUACCAGAAACAGAUGAAGAACAAAAAGGCCCUGAUAGACCCCAAAGCCAUCACUAAAUUUUCCCCAAUUCAGGAGAGUAGGGAUCUGGAGCCAGACUUUGGCAGCUACAUGGGAUCUGGAGCCUCCUCUGUGACCAAUCUGGCAGCGAGGGCUAGGUUGCUUCAGGAUGAGAUUACAUUUGGGCUAAGAAAGAACUUGUCUGAGCAGCAAAAAUAUUUGGGCUCCUCCCUGGGGGCCAACCUAGCUGGUUCUCUUAAUCUUGGGCAGUCUCUUGGACUGGGAUCCACUAUUAGGGCUACUGUCCAGGAUGAUGGAACCUACCCAAGUGGCACCCGCUCCCGACCCUCAUCACGCCCCUCCUCCCGCCCCUCUUCUGUCUACGGCUUGGAUCUAUCUAUCAAACGUGACCUGUCCAGCUCUUCACUCAGACUUAAAACAGAGGGAGAGGUCCUGGAUGCAGCAUUUGCCCCUGGGGUGGCCAGAGCAAAGCCCACCAGUUUACCUAUCAGCCAAAGCAGGGGCCGUAUCCCCAUUGUGGCUCAGAACUCUGAGGAGGAGAGCCCUCUGAGCCCAGUGGGGCAGCCUAUGGGUAUGGCUAGAGCCUCAGCUGGACCUCUCCCUCCCAUCUCUGCUGACACCAGGGACCAAUUUGGGUCUAGCCAUUCCCUGCCAGAGGUUCAACAACAUAUGAGGGAGGAAUCUCGGACACGUGGCUAUGAUCGUGACAUCGCAUUCAUCAUGGAUGACUUACAAGGCGCCAUGUCUGACAGCGAAGCUGGAGGCCCAAACUGGAAUAUAGAAGCCUACCAUCUAAGGAGAGAGGACACAGACUGGUUUGAUAAACCAAGAGAAGGGCAUCCGCAGAGCGGAAACAUAUCAGACAGGAGACAGAUGAAACUGGUUCCUUACGCCUUCCCUCACACUCGCAUUAAGCUUAAGAGAGACCUGAAGGACACCAGUGUAUCAGGGAAUGGUCUUGGCAUCCGUGUGGUAGGUGGGAAGGAGAUUCCAGGGAGCCGAAGAGAGAUUGGAGCCUACAUAGCCAAGGUUGUCCCUGGUGGUGUAGCAGAACAAACAGGGAAAGUUGUAGAGGGAAUGCAGGUGUUGGAGUGGAAUGGAGUCCCUCUGAUGGGAAAGACUUAUGAAGAAGUGCAGUGCAUCUUGGGCCAGCCAUGUGCAGAGGCGGAGCUCUGUGUGAGACUCGACCUUAAUAUGCUGUCUGACCCUGAGCACCCACAAGCCCUGGAGCACCAUGUCCAGCUUAAGGCUGUAGGUGGCCAGCGUUCUCCUGGUGUGGAUCCUAAGCAGUUGGCUGCAGAGCUGCAGAAGGUGUCCCAGCAGCAGGCUCCUGGUGGGGCUGGGAUAGGGGCUGGGCCUGGGGGUUUGGGGGUCCUCUCUGCUCUGGAGCGCUCUGCCCUCCUCCACUCGGGUACUGGAUCAGCUGCCUCCAGUGGUGUGCCAAGCCCCGGCCAGCCUGCAUCACCUGCCAUAAACAAGAAACAGCGGAACAAGCAAACAGAGAUGGUGAAGACAUCUCAUCCCAUCACUGGAGAAAUUCAGCUCCAGAUCAAUUAUGACAGGAACCUAGGAAACCUGAUCGUCCACGUCCUGCAGGCUAGAAACCUGGCCCCGAGGGACAACGACGGCUACUCUGACCCUUUUGUCAAGGUCUACCUCUUACCUGGAAGAGGCCAAGUCAUGGUUGUCCAGAAUGCAAGUGCUGAUAACAAGAGAAGGACCAAGUAUGCUCAGAAGACCAUGAACCCAGAAUGGAACCAGACUGUCAUCUACAAGAACAUCCACUUAGAGCAGUUAAAGAAAAAGACACUGGAAGUGACAGUGUGGGACUAUGACAGAUCCUCCUCCAAUGAUUUCCUCGGAGAAGUUUUGAUUGAUUUGUCGAAUACUGCCCAGCUGGACAACACUCCUCGCUGGCUGCCUCUGAAGGAGCAGAGUGAGAGCAUUGAGCACAGCAGAGCCCACCAAGGUGCUCUAGGCCCACCAGGAUCUGGAUCAGGUCAGGGACAUGGCCAAGGCCAGGGCCAUAUGUCAGGGCCUGGGUUGGGGCCUGGGCAUGGUAUGGGACAGGGUCAAGGACCAGGACAGGGAGAGGGGAGUUAUGAAUCACCUAAAAACUCUGUAAUCAAGAGCAGAAGCCAUGGAAUCUUCCCUGAUCCAGGCAAAGAUGUGCAGAUGAUGCCUUUGGAAAAGUCACACAGCAGUCCAGGCAGCUCUAAGUCUUCCUCCGAUGGCCAAUUGCGUUCCCAUGGCCCCUCCCGAAGCCAAAGCAAGAGCAGCGUCACUCAGGCCCACCUUGAGGAUGCUGGGAUAGCCAUUGCUGCCGCCGAGGCCGCCGUGCAACAGUCCCGCCUGCAACCAAGACCAGGACACCGGCUGGGUGAUGUGUCAGGAUCAGUGGUGCUGUCUGCCCCGAGUCUUGUGGGAGACACUUAUGGAGAUGGGGGGGAAGUGGUGGGCACUGGAGUGGACAGCGCCAUUUUUCAAGUGCCACACAUCGGUAAGACUAUUCCCAAUGGCACCGACAAAAACCAACUCGGGACCCCGGAAAAUGAAGGCAAUAAAACACAAGUAAUGGGAGAGAUCAAGGUUGCUCUUAAGAAGGAGGUGAAGACUGAAGGAGACCAAUUGGUCUUGGAGAUCCUUCAAUGCAGAAACAUCACUUACAAGUUCAAAAGCCCAGACCACCUACCAGACCUGUAUGUGAAGUUGUAUGUGGUAAAUGUAGCCACUCAGAAAAGGAUCAUCAAGAAGAAGACCAGAGUUUGUCGACAUGACAGGGAGCCGUCUUUCAAUGAGACCUUCAGAUUCCCCCUCAACCCAACUGGACACUCCAUACAGCUUUUCUUAGUUUCCAAUGGAGGGAAGUUCAUGAAGAAGACCCUCAUAGGGGAAGCCUACAUCUGGUUGGACAAGGUGGACAUGAGGAAGAGAGUGGUCAGCUGGCACAAGCUGUUUGUCAGCUCCACUCAAACCCACCCAUGA